AUGCUCAGCUUGUGUGGUUCCCCAUAUGACCACGUCAUCAAGGAAUACUCCAACUCCUUCCACACCAUCGAACAUCUGUUGAACAGUCCGGUGAAAAACUUCAGGAAAGACCUCCUGUUGAGGAAAGACCUCCUGCUGAGGAAAGACCUCCUGUUGAGGAAAGACCUCCUGCUGAGGAAAGAUCUCCUGUUGAGGAAAGACCUCCUGCUAAGGAAAGAUCUCCUGUUGAGGAAAGACCUCCUGCUGAGGAAAGAUCUCCUGCUGAGGAAAGAUCUCCUGCUGAGGAAAGAUCUCCUGCUGAGGAAAGACCUCCUGCUGAGGAAAGACCUCCUGCUGAGGAAAGAUCUCCUGCUGAGGAAAGACCUCCUGCUGAGGAAAGACCUCCUGCUGAGGAAAGAUCUCCUGCUGAGGAAAGAUCUCCUGCUGAGGAAAGAUCUCCUGCUGAGGAAAGACCUCCUGCUGAGGAAAGACCUCCUGCUGAGGAAAGAUCUCCUGCUGAGGAAAGAUCUCCUGCUGAGGAAAGACCUCCUGCUGAGGAAAGAUCUCCUGCUGAGGAAAGAUCUCCUGCUGAGGAAAGACCUCCUGCUGAGGAAAGACCUCCUGCUGAGGAAAGAUCUCCUGCUGAGGAAAGAACUCCUGCUGAGGAAGGAACUCCUGCGGAGGAAAAAAAAGCUCCUGUGGAACGUAGAGCUGCAGAAGCACAGAAAAGGCAUGUACAAGCAGAAUGACCAAAUUCACCACGAGGGGGAGCAGGGCGGUCACCACCUGGUCCGGGCGGGGCUUGUUCCACUCCGUAGUAGUGAAGGUGCCUGUGUGCUCUCACAGCCAGGGCCCACCAUGGAAGCCCCACUCGUGUGCCUGGAUGAGGAGUUCGAGGACUUGCGCCCGUGCCGGAUGGACUCUCCGGAACAUUCCACGUACUCCACGUCCUCCACCGUGGCCCUGGUGCCCAUCAGCCGCGAGGACUUCUCAGAGCUGGACAACUUCUCUGAGAUGAUGAGCUUCAAGUCCAUGGAGGACCUGGUCAACGAGUUUGACGAGAAGCUCAACGUCUGCUUCCACAACUACAACACCAAGACGGAAGGCCUAGCGCCGAUCCGCAACCAGGGCACGAGCCAGGAGGAGGAGGAGGAGGAGCGGCUGCAGGACGAAGACGUGUGGGAUGCCCUGACCGAUAACUACAACUCCACUUGGGACGGUCCGGAUCCGGAGGGGCUCAACGGGAACAUGUCCGAUCAGGAGAUCCAUGAAAAGGAGGAGGAGGAGAUGAAUGAGAAGAAUGACAACGCCAACUGCCUGAGUGAGGAGCCUCUGAUGUCGGCCGAUCAGAUCAUAGAGGAGAUAGAAGAGAUGAUGGAGAACUCCCCAGACCCCGGAGAGACGGAGGAGGAGGAGGAUGAAGAUUCCUCCUCCAGGACCAACCCGUCUCUGCUGGAGGAGAUCCGUCAGCUUUCCCACGCCUCCAACAACAACUGCUCCUACGAGGGCCUGAGCUUGAUGCCCAACUCCACUCUGAGGGAGCUGCUGGAGCGCAUCGAGACGGCGAUCCGGGACUACUCCGAGGAGCUGGUGAGGCAGCUGGCCCGGCGCGAGGAGCAGGAGUUCGAGAAGGAGGUGAAGAACACGUUUAUCACGGUCCUGAUGGAGGUGCAGAACCGACAGAAGGAGCAGAGGGACAGCAGCAAGCGCAGACGCCGAGACAAGGCCCUGAGCAUGCACGGGAGCUCCACCGACAACACACCGGUCACCACGGCGCCCGGCGGGAGAGUGGAGAAGACCGGGACCAUGCCCGUCAAGAGGUUCAGCAUGGAGGGACUGUCCAACAUCCUGCAGACGGGCAUCAGACAAACCUUCGGAAGCACAGGGAGCGACAAACAGUAUAUCAACACAGUAAUUCCAUAUGAGAAAACCGGCGCUCCGCCCUCUGUCGACGACCUUCAGAUGCUGACCAAACUCCUGUUUGCCAUCAAAGAGGACAGCGACAAGGUGCCUACUCUACUAACUGACUACAUAUUGAAAGUAUUGUGUCCGACCUAA